GAGUUCCGGGGGUCAACGCCCCCGCGGCCCGGUCUGUGACCAGGCCUCUUGGUGGAUCCGAGCCUGAUCAACCAGGCUGUUACUGCUGGCUGCACGCAAACCAACGUACGAGCCACAGCCCGGCUGGUCAGGAACCGACUUUAGCAGUUCUGUGACGCAGACACCACCAUAGAUUCAGGUUCAAGAUACGGUCAUCAGAGGUUAGCGAGGAUUAGCUAAUCACCACCCUCAUGGACAACAAGGCAAUUCCCACCUCACAGCAAUUCCUGGACACGAACCAGUACUCCCACAGGAGUAUUCUUCGCUACGAGAGAAUCUUUGGUCAUACCUGGGUGUCAACUGGGGGCGAGACUACCACCAAGGACUUUCUGAUCAAACUUGGGUUACGACCAGGUCAGCAGGUGUUGGAUGUAGGCUGUGGGACUGGUGGAUCAGCCUUCUUCAUGGCUAGAUACUAUGGUGUUUAUGUUCAUGGCAUUGACCUCUCCUCCAACAUGAUCAACCUGGCUCAAGAACGCUUAGCUCGGGAGGAUGUUAAUGUCUCAGAUAAGGUGCAGUUCCAGGUGGCAGACAUAACAAAGGUGCAGUUUGACACUGCCAGCUUCGAUAUUAUCUACUCUCGAGACACUGUCCUCCACAUCGCAGACAAGGAGGGACUCUACAAAACCCUUUAUAGAUGGCUGAAACCUGGUGGCACCCUCUUCGUAACGGACUACUGCAGAGGUGACCGCAAACACUCGCAGGAGUUCCUUGACUACGUCAAACAGAGAGGGUACGACUUGCGGACAGUGCGGGAGUAUGAACAGGUGCUGCAGGAAGCGGGCUACACUCAGGUAGAGGCUGUAGACCUAACCAAGACCUUCAUCUCCAUCCUCACUACAGAACUCAUGUAUUUUGAGCCCACCCGGGAGGCCUUCAUCAAAGACUACAGCGAGGAGGAAUACAAUGAAAUUGUAGACGGCUGGAAGAGGAAGGUGAUCCGUUGCACUGCUGGGGACCAGGCCUGGGGCAUGUUUCUGGCCAUCAAGUAGACCUUGUAAACUCCUCACUAUUAAUCCAACUGUUUUCCCAAUCCUAUUAAAUGGUGGUCCCAUAAUCCUUUUAAAUGGUACUAAUAGGAUGAUCACCUAUCAAUACACCUGUUCAGUCUUACAGAUUUGAGCUAAGACUUGAACACAUUACUCCAAACACUUUUACAAGAACAAGAUAUAUAAAAUCUCAACUGGAAUGCAACACUAAGUACCUAAAGUUCAUACAGCAAGAUGACAGAAAUUAACAGGCUACCAUAAAAUUAAAAUGAAUUAUAGUAUUUACUUCACAAACAGAACUUGAUAUGAAUACAGUUCCAAAGGUUAUUUAUAACAUAGACCAGAAUUGUAAUAUACAGUUGUAGUGUAAAAGAUCUGCAGCAGAUAAAAAAAAAAGGAAAAAGAAAAGAAAGUUGAAGAUAUGACAAUGGCUACCAGAACUAAGAUAAAUCAUGACUUGAAUGGGUCAUAUAGCACCUGAGGAAUGGUAGGUAAUAAGGUUUAAUCCAAAGAAGGGGAUGGUAGUUCCAAUUCCCUGGAUCAAAAUUAUCAUUGGAAAAUACUAAACCCAUAAGGGCCAUACACCACCUGGGGAAUGGGAGAUGAUCAGGGGUGAGCCAAGGAAGAGUGUAGCUUAAAUUCUUUAGAUCAAAAGCCUUUCAUCAGAAUCAUAACACCAUUUCCAUCGCUUGAAGGGUGCUUGAAUAAUUAUACUGUAUUUAUAUAAAGUGAUAAACCCUUAUGGGUUUGCUGCUUGCAAUGCUGUAUAUUUGUACUGAGUGUACCAGCAGCUGUCAGUGACUACACACACUGGAUUCACUUGCUAUUUGCUGUUUGAUUUUAAGCAGAAGCGUGCGGUCGCUCGCCGUGUCAUCCGUGACACUAAAUGCACUUGCUGGCGAGAUUAUGUUUCCACCAUCACCUCUGCUUCCUCUGAGUGCAGUCUGGAAAAAAGUGAGAAAAUUGAGUGGCAAAUACUCUCCUGACCCGGCUCCUGUUCUACGGGUUGCCGGUGUUGAUAUAGCAAACCCUCUUGACGUUGCCAUUGAAAUUGGCACUCAUCUGGUCCGUAUUUCCUGGGGGCUCCAUCUAUGCCCCUCGUUUCUUUCCUCAAAGUCUGCCAGAGAGUUAGUACCCUUGGACUUUUCUUCUCUCAGAGAAGAACAGUAUAAUGUGCCUUUUACACUUCGGGAACUGGAGGCAACACUCUCAGCUUGCCGAUCGUCGGCAGCUGGGCUUGACGACAUUCAUAUUCGGAUGUUACAACAUUUACAUCAGUCAGCCCUUGUAGUCCUCUUACACCUCUUCAAUCUUAUUUGGUCACCAAGGAGUUCUUCCCCAGCUGUGGAAAUCUGCCAUUGUUCUCCCUUUCCGCAAGCCGGGUACUACGGGACAUGAUGCCUCCCACUAUCGUCCCAUUACUCUUACUAGUGCAGUUUGCAAAGUAAUGGAACGUCUGGUAAAUCGACAUUUAAUGUGGUAUUUAGAGCACACAAUAGUCUCUCCACUAGUCAAUAUGGCUUUCGUAAGGGCUGAUCUA